AUGGGAAGCAGCCUAUCGUCGUGCUCAAGUCGGUUGAUUGAGUUCCUCUUGUAUAUUGGUGUGUUGGCCCACAACGUGAAACACCCUACCAGCGUCGUGGUGGGGGGAAUCGAAUACAGCGUGAAGCAGCUGCUAGGGGAGGGAGGUAGCGCCUACGUUUACAGGGGCUGGGAUGUGCACUCAGGAAAUGUGGUGGCGCUUAAGCGGUUCACGCUGACUGAUCACAAGUACCAGACCCAAUGCAUGGAGGAGGCAGCCUUGCACCGCUCUCUCUGCCCGCACCCCUCAAUUGUCAAUUUUUACGAUUUUGGCAUUGUUGAACGGUCCGGGUGCCCUCUGCCAGAGCUUUGGAUUGUUAUGGAGUGCGUGGAGGCUCCCUCGUUGACGAACUACAUCAAUAUGCGCAUGACCCUUAAACAACCGUUUACUGUUCAUGAGGUCUACGAAAUUUGUCACACCAUUGUGGGCGUUAUAGCCCACCUACAUAGUCAGUCUCCACCAGUCUCUCACUGGGACCUCAAGACGGAGAAUUUUUUAUUUGAACACUCUCAAAAUAUGAAGCUGUGCGACUUUGGAAGUGCCUCGCGUCUGUACUAUGAACCGAAGAACGCCUUGCAGGUGUCGAUUGCAGAGACCGAGUUGGGUGAGAGAAUGACGCUGCUCUACCGCCCACCGGAGUCGCUGGAUUUGUGGUCGAGGCGGCGGGUCGACACGAAGGCUGACAUUUGGAGCCUUGGUGUUUUGAUGUACUUACUGGUGUUUUUUGAAAUGCCGUUUGAAGGCAAUGUGCUGGAAGUUAUGGAUGGCACCCCGCGACGGUUUUGCGAGGGCAAGUGUGAGACAAUCCCUGAAGGGUUUGAUCACUUCAUCGAGCUGCUGGUGACGAGGGUGUUGGUGAAGGAUCCUUCAGUGCGUGCGGACAUCUUUGAGGUUUCUGAGCGCUUGAGUGCCCUGUCGCAUAUGCCACCCUUCCCUCGUCCUAAUCCGGACUUUCAGAGUCCCCAAAAGCCAAGGUUUGAGUAG